UUGAAUAUUGGAAAGAAAAAAAAUGUGUUUUUCUCAUUCAAAACAUCCACCCAAUAGUCAACGCCUCUCUCUUUCCUAUACUUCUCCUCUUCUAUUCUUCUCCUUCUUCUUCUUCACCUCGUUCCAACUUUUUCUUUCUGUCUCUCUCUCCGAGGGGAAGAAUCGGCCAUGAGAUUUCAAUCCCAGUGAUCUUCACUGGUGAGUAAUUCUCCCUAACAAAAUUCAAUUUUUUCGUUAAAUUUUUUGUUUUCCACAUGGGAAACGGCUUUGGGAAGCUGACCGUGUGCUUCACCGGCGGCGGAGACGCUCGCCGGAGGCACGACAUACCGCUCUACCUCCCCGACCCUCUCGACGAGGGACUGGGCCACUCCUUCUGCUACGUACGCCCCGACCCGACCCGAUUAUCAUCCUCCAAGGUCCACUCGGAGGAAACGACGACGUUCAAGACCAUCUCGGGCGCCUCCGUCAGCGCCAACACGUCGACGCCUCUUUCGACGGCGUUGAUCGAUCUCUACUCCUAUAACAGCAUCGACCGCGCCGCCGCCUUCGAGAGCUCCACCUCCUUCGCCUCGAUCCCUCUGCAACCGAUCCCGAGGAACUUCAUCGGCUCCGGCCCAAUCUCCGCGCCCUUCGGGAUCCCCAGCUCGGGUCCUCUCGAACGGGGAUUCAUGUCCGGCCCGAUUGAGCGUGGGUUCAUGUCCGGGCCGCUCGACCGCGGACUCUUCUCCGGGCCGAUGGAUAAAUCCGGUCCCGACACGAACAACCAGUUCCAGCGGAGCUUCUCUCAGGGAGGUUUCGCUUUCAGACCUAGAUCGGCGAAGGGGAAGCUGAUUCGUGCCCUGAGAAGGGCGAUUUCGAAGACGAUUAAUCGGGGACAGAACUCGAUCGUCGCUCCGAUCAAAGGUCUAAGCUUGUCGUCGGUGAAAGAGCCAGAGUGGAAUUUCGGACUGGAGAAGCACAAUCACCACCACAACGAGAAUCUGACCGUUAGUAGUCUCAAUUUGAGCAGCGAAGGGAGUUUGGAAGACGACGAUUCGUUCGAGAGUCAAAAUCUUCAAUGGGCGCAGGGGAAAGCAGGGGAGGAUCGGGUGCACGUCGUCGUUUCGGAGGAGCACGGUUGGGUCUUCGUCGGGAUUUAUGACGGAUUCAACGGUCCAGAUGCGCCGGACUACCUCCUUUCCAAUCUUUACUCGGCGGUGCACAAGGAGCUCAAGGGUUUGCUUUGGGACGAGAAAUUCGAGCCGGCCUCCGCCGCCGCAGCCGCCGCCGCGACUUUUCCAGAUAAUCCGAAUUCGGAGGCGGCGGAUCAAGAUUCGCUUCCGAGUGUUGCUGAUAGCGAUUUGGGAGGGAAUCAAGUGGGGGACGAUGCUUGUUUCCAGUGUGUUGAGCAAGAGAAUAAUCUCCCCUGGGCAAGUGGCGAUGAUGGGAAUUGCGUUUCAAAUUCGAGGCGGAAAAAGUGCCAGAGCGGCUCCAAAAGCAAGUACCGAGGGGACGCCACCAAUAAAUGGGAGGAUAAUCAGAAGCGAUGGAGGUGCGAAUGGGACAGGGAGAGGCUGGAGCUGGAUCGGAGGUUAAAGGAGCAGCUGAAUCGAUCCGGUUCCGACGGCGGGGGGGCGAUCAAUCACUCCGACGUGUUGAAAGCUCUUUCCCAGGCGCUGAGGAAGACAGAGGAGGCUUAUUUGGAUAUUGCAGAUAAGAUGCUCGUGGAAAACCCUGAAUUGGCUUUGAUGGGUUCUUGUGUUCUUGUUAUGCUUAUGAAAGGAGAGGACGUGUAUGUGAUGAAUGUGGGGGAUAGUAGAGCCGUGUUGGCACAGAAAUCGGAGCCCGACUAUUGGCUCGGCAAGAUCCGACAGGACUUGGAAAGGAUCAAUGAAGAGACUUUGCAUGAUCUUGAAUCCCCGGAUGGUGAAAGACCAAACACGAUUGCCAGUUUAACUGCUCUUCAGCUUACUAAGGAUCACUCCACCAGUGUGGAAGAGGAAGUUCAAAGAAUUAGAGAGGAACACCCAGAUGAUUCCUGUGCCGUGAUCAAUGACCGAGUUAAAGGUUCAUUGAAGGUCACUCGAGCUUUUGGUGCUGGUUUUCUUAAACAGCCCAAAUGGAAUAAUGCACUCUUGGAGAUGUUCAGAAUCGACUACAUAGGGACUUCCCCUUACAUCACUUGUUUCCCAUUUCUCCACCACCACAGAUUAGGCCCAAAAGACAGGUUUUUGAUAUUAUCGUCUGAUGGGUUAUACCAAUACUUCACAAACGAAGAAGCUGUUUCAGAGGUUGAACUCUUCAUCACAUUGCAACCCGAAGGAGAUCCUGCACAACAUCUUGUUGAAGAAGUUCUCUUCCGCGCCGCAAAGAAAGCUGGAAUGGACUUCCAUGAAUUGCUCGAAAUACCGCAAGGGGACCGAAGGCGGUACCAUGAUGAUGUUUCAAUCAUUGUUAUUUCUUUAGAAGGAAGGAUAUGGAGAUCAUGUGUAUAAACAGAUAAAAAACACAGGUAGAGGAUUAUAGAGACAUCCGCGCAAAAAAAAAAAAAAAAGUCAGGCAUUUCCUUUUUUUUCAUUUUUGCCCUCGGUUUUUUUUCCUGGUCACCUUUGUAACAUACCAAUUAAGCUUCAGGGGAGUGCCUGAGGAACUUGGUUGUGCAGCUUACUGGGUGGUGAGGACUGUAAAGUUGUAAAAGCUGGUUCUUGUUGAAUGAAUAUAAACUGUCAUAGAAGAAAUUGUAAUUUUCUAAUAAAUGACAUUCCUUUUUGGAAAAAAAAAAGAUAAAAAGGGGUUUUCU